AUGGACAAGAUCUGCGUGGCUCGCGACGAAGAAUGCGGCGUGUAUGGCUUCGUCUUCUUCCGAGACGGCGAAUGGAUUUCCACGAUUGUGGAUGACAAUCUGUGUCUCAUCGAGUCGGACUUCAACGCAUAUUCCUCCGUAUACGAUCCUAGCGGGAAAAAGGCGAAGAAGUGGAAGGAUCACAGGCAGACCGGAUCCGAGGCACUCUUUUAUGCGAAGUGUGAGGAUUCGAACGAGACAUGGUUGCCAUUGCUUGAGAAAGCAUACGCAAAGGUCCACGGAGACUAUGAGUCGAUCGAAGGGGGAUGGCCCGGCGAGGGGGUUGAGGACUUGUCUGGUGGAAUUGCAACAACCAUCAAUUUGAACAGGAUCUUGAGCAAGGAGAAGCUGUGGCAAGAGCUCCUGAGGGCAAACAAAGAUUUCAUCUUCACGAUCGCGACGCCUGGCGCGCAGGGAGGGGACUCCGAUGCACGGAAUGGCUUGACUAGCCAACACGCCUACACCGUCCUUGAAGCGGUCGAGCACCAAGAUGAGAAUGGGAAGAGUGUCAGAUUCGUUCGCAUCAGAAACCCUUGGGGUGUUAGAGAUUACAGGGGAAAGGGUGAAUGGGACGGCGCUUGGAGCGAUGGCUCUAAGGAGUGGACUCAAUACUGGAUGGAAAAGCUCAAGCACAAGUUCGGUGACGAUGGCGUCUUCUGGAUUUCCUUCGAGGACAUGCUGAAGCGAUUCGACUUGCUUGAUCGGGUACGCCUGUUCAAUGGAGACGAUUGGUACAAUUCGCAGGUGUGGACCAGUGUCAAUGUCCCAUGGAUGGCCACAUACCUUGACGAUUUCAAGUUUGUUGUCGACAUUACGCAGCCCGGUGUCUUCGUCUUCGCUCUGUCGCAGCUUGAUGAGCGCUACUACAAAGGUCUGGAGGGGCAGUAUACUUUUGACCUUCACUUCCUCCUCCGGGAGUCCGGAUCCGACGAUCACAUUGCGCUUGCCGGCACAGAACUCCGCUCACGAUCCAUUAGCGCCGAGGUUGAACUUGAGCCUGGGAGGUACGAGUUGAUUCCCAAGCUUGUGGCCUACAGGCACAAGGACAACAGUCUGGUCGAAGAAGCGGUCAAGAAGGCUGCGGGAUCAAACCCCUGGAAGCUCCAGCAGAUCGGGUUGAAUUACGACAGAGCGCACCUAAAGGCUUCUCAGUGGAAAUCUAGCUCGGGAACUGCCAAAGAUGAGAAGUCGAUACCUAUUCGCGAGUCCAAGGCUCCGGAGCAAGUUACAAAGAUUCAAGUGGUGGUGAAGCAAGCAUCAUCAACAGUGCCGCCCUCUACUGAGGGGAACGCUGCCGCGGAGAGUACUGAUCCAGCCACGGUUCAACCUGACACCAAGACAAAAGAUGAAGCCAAGCAAGAACAACAACCCAGCUCGAUAACUGAGGAAUCAAGUUCCACCGGAAGAGGUAAGCAACUACUUGAUCUGGCUGCAGGUCCUGGAGGCGAGGGUGAUAAGGAUCCGGAUCCCGUUGAGAAGAAACCCAAAGACGAAGAGAAGGAAGAUGAUGACAAAGCCGAGGCCGGUCCGUGGAACGCCGUUUGUGUGAUUGGCCUGAGGGUUUUCUCGAAGGAUGCCAAUCUUGGACUCCAUCUUGAGGAGUCCUAG